AUUAGUGGUGACAAGAUGUUACACUGGUGUAUUAGAAUUUCUGAUCGGCUUUCAUUUGGUGUUGAUUAGUGUAGCCCAAUACCAUACCAGUGUGUUGAAACUCUAUGCUAAUGAGUGAACAAUCUUUGAAUAAAUUCUAAACUGUGUAAGUAACAGAUGUGUAUGGAUUGUGCAAUGCUAAUAGCUUGGAUUGGGUUUAUCAAUGCUCAUAAAGUAGUGUUCUGAAUGUUGAGAUAAACUACUUACAUCUGGACCCAUUAUCUGUCUUAUUAAUCUGUGCGACACAGUUUCUGUACCAGUGCAUUAACCUUAACAUGUCGACUCCUCGGACUUUACGAAGAAGGAUGGCCACGGCUGGAGAAAAUGGUACAAACAAUACAUCUAGUAGGAAGCGCCCGCAUGCUCAUGACUUGUCUAGUGUGGACAGGGAGGUGGAACAGAUUAUGGGAGACUCCAGGAGGAUAAAACUUCAGGCUAUGUCCAAGCAUAAAAUUGGACCUGCUCCGUUUAGUCAUGAACCAGAGGCAAUAGAAAUCAAUGCACAGACUGAUUACACUCACAGAAUCACUUUAGAGGAUGCAAACGCAGGAAAUGUACCGCGACCAGUUAGGAUCUAUGCAGAUGGUAUCUAUGACAUGUUUCACACAGGACACGCUCGACAGCUCAUGCAAGCUAAGAUGGCAUUUCCACACACUUACCUUAUAGUUGGAAUUUGCAGUGAUGAAAUGACGUUCAAGAACAAGGGCAGAACGGUGAUGAAUGACACAGAACGCUACGAGGCUGUCCGGCACUGCCGUUAUGUUGAUGAGGUAGUCACUGAUGCUCCGUGGACACUGGACAUGGCAUUCUUGGAGAAACACAAAAUUGACUUUGUGGCCCAUGAUGAAUUGCCUUACACAACUGGCUCUGCUGAUGAUGUCUAUAAAUUUGUGAAAGAGCGAGGCAUGUUUCUAGCAACAGAGAGAACAGAGGGUAUCUCCACCACAGAUGUUAUCACUAGAAUCAUCAAGGAUUAUGACUUGUACAUCCGAAGAAACCUGGCCAGAGGAUACUCCCACAAGGAUUUGAACGUCAGCUAUAUGAAGGCCAAACGUCUGAAGUUGAAGGACAACUAUGAGAAGCUGGAGAACAAGCUGAAGGACAAGGGCAAAGAUCUGAUGGACAAGUGGAAGGACCAGCUGGGCAAAGGGAAUGAGAUGCUGCACAAGUGGGAGGAGAAGUCCAAGGAGUUGAUUGGCAACUUUGUGGAGAUGUUUGGACGAGAUGGUAAACUGUCUAGUGCAUUUAGAUCAGAGGUUCUAAAAUGCCAGGAUUACGUGAGGGCCAUUACACAAACUGGGGGUCAGUGGUUCCAGGAAAGUUCCCUGAGAAUGGCCAGGGCCAUCUCACCAUCCUCAUCUCCUCUACCUGACUCCCCAUCCUCCCCUUCCACCUCUGACCUCGACUCUGCUGCCAGUCCUCCUGCCAAGAGGGGACGUUACUCCCCCUCACACAUCUACCCUGAGUUACCUCAAGAAUACACAGAUGAAGAAGAUGACUAGCCUAUUUUGAUUUAUUUUCACAAAACUUCCUAAUGUUAUAUUUGUCUUUUUGGGAUACAAAAAAAUAAGAAGCAUUUGCAAGCUGCUAUUCUAUUUUAGUAAAACUAUUUCUUUUGUUGAAUAAUUGUUUGCAAAUACAAUAUUUAUUAUUAGCAGUUAAAAUCUAGUUUACUAUUUACCAAUUUUUAUUCUAUGAAAUUCGUUUCUCAUUCGCUUCCCUUAUUCUUAGUGUAGAUUAGUGUUGUGGGAUUAGUGUGAGUUUGAUACUCUAGAUUGUCUUGCUUUUAGAUUCAAUUAGGGUACCCUGUUUCAAAAGGCAUUUUUCUGUUGAGGGCUGUCAUAUUUUAAUUCCAAGGAAUUGACGACAUGAGCAUCCAUUCCAACUAACUGGCUGGCAUUAUGUGAUAUAUUUUUAAAAAUCAAAUCAACUUUGAAUGUCAGAAUUUCUUUUUUUCUAAAACUUGACUAAAUGUAAAAUUAAUCAUGCAUUUUAAAACGUCUGUUUAAGCGGUCUAACAAAAAUCGACGUUUCUUUUAGUUUUUUUAUUACAUUUAUAAAUUCCAUUACAGAAUUAAUCUGGAUUGAUUAUAUGUUUCAUUUUUGUUGCUGGUCUUAGUUCAAUGUGUGGCCAUUUAAAAUUAUGUUUGUGCUGAAACCAGUAAAUGAAUUACCUACUUUUAAAAAAGUGAACUAAUUGUAUUUUUAAUAUCAGAUUCUUCCUUUACCAAAGUUUGCAUCUUUAGCAAAGUGUUGAUUGUUGCUUGUGGGUCCAAGGCGUUGUUUGUUGUGCUAUUCAAAUUUCAUGCUAUAAAAAAUAUGUCAUGUAAAGAUGCUGGUCAGGGAGAAAUCAAUGUUUUAAUCUUGACUGAACUUGAGCAGAUAGCCAGUCUAUGAUUUGUGUAUGCUACGUUGAGUAGUCGAACUGGGUGAAAGUUUAAUAAAAUUAUAAUUUUUUGUUGUGAUGUUUGACAGGCAGCAUCAGACUAGCUGUAGCGUAUGUAAUAGACUGGUCACUUUAGAAUGUAAUAGACUGGUCACUUUAGAAUGUAAUAGACUGGUCACUUUAGAAUGUAAUAGACUGGUCACUUUAGAAUGUAAUAGACUGGUCACUUGAAAUAAAUCACUUGUUUCAAGCGAGCCUUUUAAUUUCCAAAUUAUCACUUUUUCUAAAAAUAAUUUCUUUAUUUCAGAAUAAUUAAAUUCUUUUCUUGAAGAUAAUUUUUAAAAAUAAAUCACUUUUAAUUAAUAAUAAUGUGCUGUGUUUUAAAUAUCCUAUAACAGAUAACUCCUGUGGUGUUUCCUUGUGUGAAUUUUCCGGAGCUAGAGAAAUGUAGUCCCUUAUCUGAUGACACACUGUUUGAAAAAAACUGUUAGAUACAUGAACUAGAUCUUUUGCGCAGUUGUAUCUGUUGCAAUGUUAAUUAAAAAAGUUUUUUUAGCAUCUUAUGUUAACGUAAGUCUUAAAAAGUGUUUUUAGCAUCUUAUGUUAACGUAAGUCUUAAAAGUGUUUUUUCCCUGGAUUAUGUAUUUUUCUACUAAAUUAUGUACAGUGACUUACUACAUAUCUUGAAAAGCUCGCUAUAUUUCUACUUAAAUUUAAAUGAAACAAAGUAAAUAUAACAUGCUGUUAAAGCAUUGAUUGGUACCAUGAUCUCAUUUGUGUGAUCAGCAUCAUACGUGGGACUGGUCUGUCUCGGACAGUUGUUUGUUUUAUAUCCAGUCACAAAAGGUUUUGUUAAGAUUAAUCUUUCCAGUAUAUUUAAUUACAUUUAUAUUAUUAAUUCAUUUGUAUUUUGUUAAAAUUAAAUCUUUUUUAAUAGCUUUGACAAUGAGGUAAUGAUCGAAAUUAUUUUGAUGAUUUAUCAUAAUACGCAUUUAUUUUUACACCAUUCAUAUAUUUUACUCACCAGUCAGUGAAUUACAUUUUUAGAGAAGAAAUUUAAAAUGUCAAUUUCUUCCAUUUUUUUUUUCAAGCAUUAAACUUUAAACUGGCUGAAAGGCAAAUGGUUGUAGUUACCUCCCCUUGGUUAGUUAUGUAAAUACUCCUGUCUUUCCUGUUCAGCAUAUAUUAAAAUAGAUGUACAGUAAAUGUUAUUUAUUGCUAGGGCUACAUGCUACAUAUUUAUAAUUUUUAGUUGAUCAUUCAGAAUUAUAAACUUCAAACUCUGA